AAGGAAGGGGGUGGAAGAGAGUAAAGGGCUGUUGUUAAACAGUUUCUUACCAUAAGAGGGAGUUCAGACCUAGAUCUUUCCAGUUAAUCACACAACAAACUUAGCUCAUCGCAAUAAAAAGCUGCUCAGAGGCGACUGGUUCUUUUAGGCACUGAGUCGGAACAGGCUUCUCUCAGCCAGGCAUCUCGUCCAGUGGGAUCCGCCAGCGCGUCCGGCAGCACCAUGUGGGGGACCAAACUUCUGCCAGUCCUGCUCCUGCAGCAUGUCCUCCUCCAUCUCCUUCUGCUUCCCAUCGCCAUCCCCUAUGCAGAAGGACAGAAGAAAAGAAGAAACACACUUCAUGAAUUCAAAAAGUCAGCAAAGACUACUCUAAUUAAAGAAGACCCAUUACUGAAGAUAAAAACAAAAAAAAUGAACACUGCAGACCAAUGUGCCAAUAGAUGUAUUAGGAAUAAAGGACUUCCAUUCACUUGCAAGGCUUUUGUUUUUGAUAAAGCAAGGAAACGAUGCCUCUGGUUCCCUUUCAAUAGCAUGACAAGUGGAGUGAAAAAAGAGUUUGGUCACGAAUUUGAUCUCUAUGAAAACAAAGACUACAUUAGAAACUGCAUCAUUGGUAAAGGAGGUAGCUACAAGGGAACCGUAUCUAUCACUAAGAGUGGCAUCAAAUGCCAGCCCUGGAAUUCCAUGAUCCCACAUGAACACAGCUUUUUGCCUUCGAGCUAUCGGGGUAAAGACCUACAGGAAAACUACUGUCGAAAUCCUCGAGGGGAAGAAGGGGGACCUUGGUGUUUCACAAGCAAUCCAGAGGUACGCUACGAAGUCUGUGACAUUCCUCAGUGUUCAGAAGUUGAAUGCAUGACCUGCAAUGGGGAAAGUUAUCGAGGUCCCAUGGAUCAUACAGAAUCAGGCAAGAUUUGUCAGCGCUGGGAUCAUCAGACACCACACCGGCACAAAUUCUUGCCAGAAAGAUAUCCCGACAAGGGCUUUGAUGAUAAUUAUUGCCGCAAUCCUGAUGGCAAGCCCAGGCCAUGGUGCUAUACUCUUGACCCUGACACCCCCUGGGAGUACUGUGCAAUUAAAAUGUGCGCUCACAGUACUAUGAAUGACACAGAUGUCCCUAUGGAAACAACUGAAUGCAUUCAAGGUCAAGGAGAAGGUUACCGGGGCACCAUCAAUACUAUUUGGAAUGGAAUUCCAUGUCAGCGUUGGGAUUCCCAGUAUCCUCACCAGCAUGACAUAACUCCUGAAAAUUUCAAGUGCAAGGACCUAAGAGAAAAUUAUUGCCGAAAUCCAGAUGGAGCUGAAUCACCCUGGUGUUUUACCACUGAUCCAAACAUCCGAGUUGGCUACUGCUCCCAAAUUCCAAAAUGUGAUGUGUCAAGUGGACAAGAUUGUUAUCGUGGGAAUGGCAAAAAUUAUAUGGGCAGUUUAUCCAAAACCCGAUCUGGACUAACAUGUUCAAUGUGGGAGAAGAACAUGGAAGACUUGCACAGGCAUAUCUUCUGGGAGCCAGAUGCUAGUAAGCUGAAUAAGAAUUACUGCCGGAAUCCUGAUGAUGAUGCCCAUGGUCCCUGGUGUUACACGGGAAAUCCUCUCAUUCCAUGGGAUUAUUGUCCUAUUUCUCGUUGUGAAGGUGAUACCACACCUACAAUAGUCAAUUUAGACCAUCCUGUAAUAUCUUGUGCCAAAACAAAACAAUUACGAGUUGUAAAUGGAAUUCCAACGCGAACUAAUGUAGGAUGGAUGGUUAGUUUGAAAUACAGAAAUAAACAUAUCUGUGGAGGAUCAUUGAUAAAGGAAAGUUGGAUUCUUACUGCAAGACAAUGUUUCCCUUCUCGAAACAAAGACUUGAAAGAUUAUGAAGCUUGGCUUGGGAUUCAUGAUGUCCACGGAAGAGGUGACGAGAAACGCAAACAGGUUCUAAAUGUUUCCCAGCUGGUAUAUGGGCCUGAAGGAUCCGAUCUGGUAUUACUGAAGCUUGCUAGGCCUGCUGUCCUGGAUGAUUUUGUUAGUACAAUUGAUUUACCUAAUUAUGGAUGCACCAUUCCUGAAAAAACUACUUGCAGUGUUUAUGGCUGGGGUUAUACUGGAUCCAUCACCUCUGAUGGUCUAUUACGAGUAGCACAUCUCUAUAUUAUGGGAAACGAGAAAUGCGGCCAAUACCAUCAAGGGAAGGUGACUCUGAAUGAGUCUGAAAUAUGUGCUGGAGCUGAAAAUAUUGUAUCAGGACCAUGUGAGGGAGAUUAUGGUGGCCCACUUGUUUGUGAACAACAUAAAAUGAGAAUGGUUCUUGGUGUCAUUGUUCCUGGUCGUGGAUGUGCCAUUCCAAAUCGUCCUGGCAUUUUUGUCCGAGUAGCAUAUUAUGCAAAAUGGAUACACAAAAUUAUAUUAACGUAUAAGAUACCACAGUCAUAGCUGAUGUAACUGUGUCUGAAUCUUCCAUCAAUAGAAUUCUCUUUUACCUGAAGAUUUCAGAGAACAUGGAAUUAAAAUGUCACUUAAAGCAAUCCUAAGACAACUACUUGAGUGUCAUGUUUGUUAAGAUACUCAUUAAUAUUUAUGGGUGUUUUUUGUUGUUUUGUUUGUCAGUGUUAUUUUGUAAAUGUUGAAGUGAAUUAAGGUACAUGCAAGUGUAGUAACAUAUCUCCUGAAGAUACUUGAAUGGAUUAAAAACUGCAAAGGUAUAAUUGCUGGAUGAUAAAAGAUUUAAUGGAAAAGUUCAAUUAAUCUCUACGCUGCUUUCCAAAGUUAGUUUAUGAAUAAACCAUAAGUUAAACAUUAUUUUAACCUCACAAAGACAAUUUAUGCCUUUGUCCUUAAGUUGUAACUCUGUAUUAAAUUAUAUUACCUUUCAUAUACCAUACAUUAUAUUUCAUUCAUUCCUCCUCACUGUGUAUCCUCUAAUACUGGUCUACAUCCUUUCUACAAAAUUAUGUGCCCAUCUAUGCAGACCUUGGUACACAUGUGCAUGCACUAGAGUUCAAAUCAUGGUAUAUCUAAUGUAACCUCUAAAUAUUCUGGAAGUGUGUACCUGUAGUUUUUCCUUAAGAGAAAAAUAGAAAUUUUUAAAGACCAGUAGAAAUUUUUAAGGAAAGGUGCAAGAUAGAAGUGACCAGCUCAUUCUCUAUAUGUAAUCUGCAGAUGACCUCUACUGGUUGACAUUUAAGGUGUGGUCAUGACCCUCAAAGUUAAGUAACACCAAAUCUAGGUGUUUAAAUAUAUUUAUCAUCCUAGUCAUCUUGUAGUUUCUAAUUCUUAAAGGGAAGAGGGUAAUAUGUGUAUUAGUAUUAUUUCUUUCCUUCAAAUUUAGGGACCUUAUUUAUGUAAGAUAUUUUUAGAUCUACUUUCCUGAAGUAUUUUCUUUAUUAUUCUUACGUAAUUGUCCAAUUGAAGCUUAAAAAAUUAUUUAAGUAGGUUAAUUCUAAGACUUGCUGCUGUGAUUGGCUUGAGGUCAUCGUCUUUAAAUUUUUAAAAAUUAUUUCAGAGGAAAAUUUCCAUAUGUCCCCAAAGAUUUGUAAAUGGACUUUCAUCAAACUAUGAAUUAAAGUAUAUGUUGAAGAAAAAAAAAUCAGGAUACCUUUCUCAACCUGAAAGUUUUUUCGCCUAAUGAGACUUUACUCAAGUAAAGGAAAAAAAAAAAAAAAAGGAAAUGAAAGGAACUAGCUUGUCUAAACUCUGAAUUCAAUUAUGUUUUAAAGGGGAGUUAUAUCUGCAGAAUGAAAUAUUUUGUGAAAAUAUCUUCAUUUUAUCUUAUUUCAUUUUACAUAAAUCUUUCAAAUGCCAUGGGGGAAUAUCUAUUCAAAUUUUGUAUUCUGUCUCAUAAUACCAAAUUAUCAUAUUUAUUAUUGUAUUUGGCAUGAUUAUUGUAUUUGAGUGAUUCCAAACCAGUAUCCCCAUUUCUCUAAUUUGUUUCUCUUGACUGACAUCAAUUAAGGCCAGAGAUCCAAACAAUGCUCUCAAAGCUUCAUAGGACACAGUUCAAUCUUGAGUAAAAUGCUCUUAAAUUUACUUGAAAGCUUAGUCCACAGAGUACAGGACAGCAAAUCCAGAAAUACCUAUGCAAACCCAGAAAUAUCUAUCCAAAUUGUGCCAUACAAAUUGAACAUAUUGUAAUAAGAUAUGUUCUGGUAUCAAGAAACAGUGAAAGCAAAGAGAGAUCCGAAAAGUUGUCAGUCCACAUCAUCUUCUUUGUAUUUUUCUUUCCUUAUGGGAUAUAUCAUUUUAAUCAAAACACUAGGAAUUUCAAAGGUAUAUUGUCCCAAAAUUAAAUAAUUUUUCAGUUUUUUCUUGAUGAACUGGCAAAAUUUGAUCAAAUCCUAUAUUGAUGUUUGUAAAAUAUUUAUGAAAUUCUAAUAUGUCUAAAUACUCACACUUUAAGAUUUCCUUUCUUGUCUUUUCCUCUAAAUUUCCAUGGAAAGAGAGAUAGGGAUUACCUAGACACAAGAUGCAGCUAGCUUUUUAGAUAUUUUGAACUCAGUGUUUUCCAUUUUAUUAAAGUGUGAAAACAUACCACCAAUAAAACAUCAGACAUGGUGCACAAAGCAGUCCUAGCUUUGAGAAGUUCCCUUUGUAAUAAGGGGAGAUCAGUAGAAUUGACGAUAAAAGCAAGAUGAACAAGAUCCAUGUGAUUUUAGGUGGUAGGACAAUGAAUAAUCAUGUCAUUUUUCUCUGGCGAAAGAUACUAUUUCCUGGGCAUUCUUUUCUUAUUCAAUCAAAAAAUGAAAAAUCCAACUUAGCCAAAAUCGAUUGUAUUUUGAGUAAUGGACAAAAAGGUCUUUUAAAUUAGAAGUUUUCAAUGUUAUUUUUGUUUGGGCUGUUUGAAUAAUGGUUAUGUGCUGUUGUAAUUGUGGACAUUUUCUUAUGUCUGCCAGGAAUAGUAAUGUAAAAUUAAAAUAUUUGUCAUAAUGCCUCUGCCGUGCAGAAGGGAUGAUAGUCCUUUUGUAUACUUCUUUAAUUUUAUUGUAAAAUAUGUAAUGAGUUUUACCUAUUUGCUGUGGGCAGGUCCUCAGUAAAAUGGUUUAUAUUGAGUCAAUCUCUAGUAUUAACAGGCUCUUGCUUGCUAUCUAAGUGUUUCAAACUAUGGGAAACAUGAGACACUGGAAGGCAAGAAAAAUAACAAUAAUGGCAUGUGAUAGCAAAAUUGUAUUUCACUUAUUCCUGUGAAUAUUUCUUGUUGGUACCAAUGGUACUGUACAAAGUGAAUGUUAUAGCCACAACAUUCUCUUGGAAAAAAAAAAAAAAA